AUCCCUCCCAGGAUACAUACGACAACAUCUUGCAAACAAGUCAGACUUCCACCGGUCCUGACAGCGGACACACUUCUGCCAGCGAUGCCAUCAUACUUCAUCCCGCAACACAAAGCGCUGGUCAGCCAAAAACAGCAUCACAAAGAAAUCCCUGUAGAAGCUCACACAGAAAUGGGGCGAAAGGAGGGCGACUAUGAUUGGAAAAAGAGCACGGAUAACAUCCAGGAUGUGUUUGAAUUCAUGGAGGUGCUCGGAUCGGGAGCGUUCUCAGAAGUCUUCAUGGUGAAGGAGAGAAAAACAGGCAAGCUUUUUGCUAUGAAGUGUGUGAAGAAGAAAAACAAAAGGGACAUCAACCUGGAGAAUGAAAUCGCCGUGUUGCGCAUGAUCAAACACGACAAUGUGGUUUGCUUGGAGGAUUUCUAUGAGAGUCAGACGCAUUACUACCUGCUCAUGCAGCUAGUUUCAGGUGGCGAGCUGUUUGACCGGAUCCUGGACCGGGGCAUGUACUCAGAGUUGGAUGCUAGUCAGGUUAUCAAACAGGUCCUGGAGGCAGUCGGCUACCUGCACAAAAACGGCGUCGUACACCGCGAUCUCAAGCCAGAGAAUCUGCUCUACUACAGCUCUGAUGAAAACUCAAAGAUCAUGAUCAGUGAUUUCGGCCUCUCUAAGAUGGAAGAGCAUGGUGUCAUGUCCACGGCCUGUGGGACUCCCGGAUAUGUCGCCCCUGAAGUGUUGGCUCAGAAACCCUACAGUAAAGCCGUUGACUGCUGGUCUAUAGGAGUCAUCACCUAUAUCCUUCUCUGUGGAUAUCCUCCUUUCUACGAAGAAACCGAGACUCGUCUGUUUUCUAAAAUCAUGAAGGCGCAGUACGAGUUCGACUCGCCCUUCUGGGAUGAUAUCUCUGAGUCUGCAAAGGACUUCAUCCGCAACAUGAUGCAGAAGAAUCCUAAGGUGCGUUACGACACAGAACAGGCUCUCAGACACCCCUGGAUUAUAGGAAAGACGGCCCGGAGUCAGGACAUCUACCACUCCGUCAGUGAGCAGAUCCAGAAAAACUUUGCCAAGUCCAAGUGGAAGCAAGCCUUCAACGCUACAGUGGCCAUUCGCCAGAUGAAGAAGCUGCAGCUGGCCCACUCUGAGGCCUGUCUGCAACACAUCCCUCCUCCAACUGUGCCUGAGAUCAAGGUCAUCGCAACAUCCACACCUGAAUCCGUCCGCAAGAAGCAGUUCGCUGAGACCCCACAACCAAACGGCCACGUGCCCAGUCAUCAGAUGAACGUGCCGUCCGGCUCCACCGAGCCGAAGAGUCAGUACCACCCGAUGCGGGUCAGUCACAGCGAGACCACUCAUGUCGGGACCCUAACCAUUGCAGAGAAGGGCAAACAUGUGUAUCACUCGGAGCCAGCUGAUCUAAAUGGGUACGCAAAAAGAAGCUCCACCCGAAGCGGGCCGAACCUGCAGACUGGCGUUUGCUCUGUCAUGUGAUUUGGCUGCAUUGGAAUUACCGUAUGUGAUUUUUGACAGGUCUGUGACCUUUCACCCAGCACUGGCUGCUUUCUGUGGGCAGGUCCUCUGCUCUGCUCUGGUCAAGAGUGUCUGCAAGACAGACGGCCACCGGCCCGCACCGCUCUGAAAUACUGAAGUUUAGAGGAGUAGUGCCUCUAUACCUCACACACACACGCUCACAGAGCACAAAUCCAGCCUGUCACACACUCAUGAUGACACAGUAUCCCUGUAAAAGCAGAUAUACAGUUACACUUUAAGUGCUGAACCUCCAAUUUUGUAUUUUCCCUUGAGGAAACAGUUUUACAUUAUCAAGGACAAUUAAUAUCUCUGUAUUAAAACAUUUGGAGUCCGUGUUACUGGACGCUUGUGUGAGGAGUAUUAAUUCUGUGCUUUUGUACAUACUCACUGUAAUGCAUGGCUAGUUUGUAAUGUGCAAAAAAUGUGUAAAACUAUUUUGCUUCACUGUAAGCUGUAGCUAUCGAUAUUAGAUCGCACAUCGCUGGAAUAAGAAACUACCCAACUGAAGUUCCAGCCUUUCUAAUUAUUCGUUAAAUAGUUAUUUUUUUGUGGUAAUUUAACUAGAGUGGUUUAUUUUUCUAAUGCAGAAAUUAUUAUUGUAUGUUUAUCCAUUAUAUAUUUUUGUCAUAAUGAAGCAGAUUAAAAUGAUUUAACGCCUUUUCCCACCACCAUUAUAAAACUAUAGCCCUUGUUUUGUGCACUAUAUUGCAUGUGACACACAUUCA